GCGCAGGCAGGAUGGACGGCGAGGGGUCUCGACGGUGGCAUGUGGUGAUGGUGCCGUUCCCGGCGCAGGGGCACGUCGCCCCGCUGAUGCAGCUGGCGCGUCUCCUCUACGCCCGCGGCGCCCACCUCACCUUCGUCCACACCCAGUUCAACUACCGCCGCCUCCUCCGCGCCAAGGGCGAGGCCGCCGUCCGCCCGCCGUCCACCGCCGCGGCCCGCUUCCGCGUCGAGGUCAUCGAGGACGGCAUGUCCCUCUCCAUGCCGCAGCACGAAGUGGCGGCCCUCGCCGACGCCGUGGGCCGCAACUGCCCCGGCCCCUUCCGCGACCUGCUGAGGAAGCUCGCCGCCUGGGAGCCCCCCGUCACCUGCGUCGUGGCCGACACGGCCAUGGCGUUCGCGGCAACCGCGGCCAGGGAGGCCGGCGUGGCGGACGCGCUCUUCUUCACGGCGUCUGCGUGCGGCCUAGUCGGGUACUCGCAGUUCAAAGAGCUGCUCAGGCGAGGGCUCAUCCCUCUCGAAGAUGGGAGCUGCUUGACCAACGGAUACUUGGACACGCCGCUGGACUGGGUGCCGGGGAUGCAGCAGCACAUGCGGCUGAGGGACAUGCCAACCUUCUGCCGCACCACGGACGCCGACGACACCCUGGUGAACGAGAUCAUCGGGCAGAUGAAGAGCGCCGUCGGCUCCAAGGCCAUCAUCCUCAACACCUUCUACGAGCUCGAGAAGGACGUGGUGGACGCGCUCGCCGCCAUCUUCCCGCCGCCCGUAUACACCGUCGGGCCACUGGCCCAGGUCAUCGCCUCCUCCGCCGCCGCCGCGGACGACGGCCUAGACGCCAUGGACAUCAGCAUCUGGCAGGAGGACGCGCGGUGCCUGGCAUGGCUUGACGGCAAGCCGGACAAGUCGGUGGUCUACGUCAACUUUGGCAGCGUUGCCGUCAUGACGGCCGAGCAGACGCGGGAGUUCGCGCUGGGCCUGGCGACGUGCGGCUUCCCGUUCCUUUGGGUGAAGCGACCCGACAUCGUGGACGGCGACGACGUGGCGGCGCUCCCGGAGGCGUUCCGCGACGAGCUGGAGCGCGGCGGGGGCCUCGUCGUGCCGUGGUGCCCGCAGCCGGCGGUGCUGAAGCACGCGGCGGCGGGCCUGUUCGUGACGCACUGUGGAUGGAACUCGCUUCUGGAGGCGGUUGUGGCCGGCCUGCCGGUUCUCGCCUGGCCGAGUAUUCGACAAAAAACUAUCACAUCAGGGUAUUCGUCCCACAGAACUAUCAUUUUCAAAAAAGUGACUAAUAACUAUCGAAAAUUUCAAAUUUUGUGGCAAAAAACUACCAAGUCGUGUUGAUCGUCCAUUUAGCCGUUUUAACCGCUUAACUGACAGGGAUGGCCUA